AUGGUAGGGUGCAGAAAUCUUGAUUCAGAAAAUGAAAUACCAAGAGCCGAUUCUUCGGAUUGCGAGGUUCUGGUCACAUUUGAUUUCCCUCCAUUUAAUUCAAAGAAGGCGGGUUAUAUCAAGGGAAGCAUUAAUAGCACAAGGGAAAAAUCCGAUCCACUUUACUUUGAACAUUUAGACUUGAGAUCAGCUGCUUCUUACGAGGAUGGAUCUUCUAUUUGGAGGAUGGAUGUGGAGAUUAUCAUGGUAAUUAUCUCCACCACACUGUCGUGUGUGUUUGUAGCGCUACAAAUCUUUCAUGUGAAGAGGCACCCUGAUGUUCUUCCCUUAAUCUCCCUUGCCAUGCUAUCAAUUCUUACUUUGGGCCAGUUGAUACCUCUUGUGCUUAACUUUGAAGCCUUGUUCUUGAGCAAAUCUAGUGGGGCGAACAUAUGGCUUGAAAGCGGCCGGUGGAUUGAAGCAAACGAGGUAAUUGUGAGAGUGACCGGAAUGGUAGCUUUCUUGUUGCAAUUCCGUCUUCUCCAAAGCAUAUGGUCUGCAAAAUGGGCUAGUGGAAAUCAAAAGGGGUUGUGGGUUGUGGAGAAGAAGGCUCUCUUUGUAGCUUUACCGUUAUACGUUGCAGGCGCCUUAGUUGCUGUGACCUUCAACUGGUGGAUGUGGAAUGGUAAAAAUGGUGCUGCGAGAUCCGCCAGUGAAGAUGGUGCUCUUGUGCUUAUGGACUAUUCUGCUACAAGUUAUCAAUCCCAUUCUCUUUGGGAGGCCUUAAAAUCUUAUUCUGGUUUGGUCUUGGAUGGUUUUCUCUUGCCUCAAAUACUGCUCAACAUGUUCUGGAACUCAAGAACAAGUGCUCUUGCUUGUUCAUUUUACAUGGGAAACACUUUUGUCCGAUUGCUGCCACAUGCCUAUGAUCUUUACAGGGCUCACAAUUAUUUUCACCACUAUGAUGCGUCAUUCAUAUACUACGCCAAUCCUGGUGAAGAUUUCUACUCCACUGCUUGGGAUGUGGGUAUCCCUCUUGGGGGUUUGGUUUUUGCCUUGAUCAUCUUUUUGCAGCAACGCUUUGGUGGUCGUUGCAUCUUUCCCCGGAGGUUUAGAGACUUGCAAGUAUAUGAGAAGGUGCCUGUGACUAGUGAUUCAUGA